UUUUGUAAGUCAUUCGAUUGAUAGCUACCAAGGAGGAAAGCAAUCGAACAUAAAUGCUCUCGAGUUUAUAAUUGACAAGAUGACAAUCUCUGACGAAGUUUCGAAUAAAAACUUCGGCUAUGGCGUCCGUCACAUUCAAAUAGCAUGUAUGUGUUUGACGAUUGUAGCUCUAUUCAUUGCACGUGCCAGUAUGGGCGUCGCUGUUCUGGCGAUGACGGAUGGCAGCCGCGACGAUAUUGAAACGUAUAAAUGGGACAAGAAGACCCAAGGGAUCAUUCUGUCCUCCUUCUUUUGGGGCUACACGGUGAUGCAGAUACCUGCCGGUAUACUGUCUAAACGUUAUGGGGGGAAGUCGAUUCUUCUGAUAUCGCUUCUAACUAACACUGUUAUAUGUGGCCUAUUACCAACUCUUGUAAAAAUUUGGGGUUGGCCAAUAGUUUGCGUAUGCCGCGUCAUUAUGGGGUUAACUCAAGCUUGCCUUUUCCCGGCUACUCAUACCUUACUAGGUCGGUGGUUACCAAAGCAGGAGAGGACCUCCUAUAGUGGAAUUGUAUACGGAGGAACUCAAAUCGGAAUCAUAAUUGCGAUGCCAAUAUCUGGAUUAUUAGCUGAUACCAAGUACGGAUGGAAAUCUAUAUUUUACACGGUGUCAGCUACAAUGCUUGUUACUGCUGGUGUAUGGUCUUUCUUCGCAGCCAAUAUGCCGAGAGAACAUCGAAUGAUGACGGAACAGGAAAAGCAUUAUAUUGAAAGAGGUUUAAAUACGGUAGAAGCUAAGGCACUUCGUACUCCUUGGCGCCAUAUAUUCCAAACAAGAGCGUUAUGGGCUAUCAUGGUAACUCACAUCGGGAGUUCAGUCAGUUUUGUCCUGUUCUUUGUAGAUUUACCCACGUACAUAGAACGCGGCCUGAAAAUAAGCUUAAAAAAUAGUGCUGUCUUGUCAGCGUUACCGUACUUAGGAAUGUGGAUUGGUAAUAUUUCCUCGACGUAUAUUUGCGAAAAAAUUUACAAUCGGAACUAUUGGUCCUUGUUAACUUGCAGAAAAGUCUUUAAUUCAAUUUCUUUCUUUGGAUUAUCUAUUGGCUUAAUCGUCUUAGCUUUCUUAGGGCCUGAAAACAAAUCCUUGGCCAUCAUUACUUUAGUCAUGUCAUUAUUCUUAAGUGGGUUUUCUGCUGCUGGUUUUUUGAUGUCUUUUUUGGAUCUUUCGCCGAACUAUGCUGGUGUAACGCUUUCUCUUUCAAAUGCAGCUGCGAACUUUGGUAGUAUUUUAACACCAAUUGGGACAAGCUUAGUACUGAAAAAUGACCCUACUGACACCAGUAGAUGGCUAAUAGUAUUCCUGAGCACGGCGCUGUUGUGUGUCAUCGCUAACUGUGUGUUCUUGAUGUUCGCUAGCUCCACGCAGGUGGAAUGGGAUGAUCCGAACUUUAUUGAGAAGACAGUGGCUGAUAAAGAGGAAGUAAUACCAGCUUUGAAGACUGUGAAGGAAGACGCAGAACGAUAAGAAAAAUAUCAAUAUUUUAUACACUCUUUAUUACUGUAAUAAUUGUGAUACAAUGAUACAUGUAUAAAUGUUUAUGUUAAUAGACAUUCAUAUGUAUAAUAAAUCUUUUUUUAUGAGACUAAGACCA